AUGGAUUCAUCAAAAGAGCUUAUCGCUGUUCAGAGGACCUUCAUGCUUGAUGAGAAUAACUUUGGUCAUUGGAAAGUAAGGAUGAAACAGAGGUUGAAAGGAAUCGAAGAAGAUGUGUGGACGGCAGUUAAGACAGGCUGGAGUGAACCAACUGUUAAGACAGAAGGUGAUGAAUUCAUUCCAAAACCUAAAGAGACUUGGACUGACACGGACAAGCUGCAAUCGAAACACAAUUCUAAAGCUAUCUCUGAGAUCUUCAACGCGAUCAAUCCAGAACAAUUCAAACUUGUUCAAGGUUGUGUCUCUGCUAAGGAUGCAUGGGAUACUUUAGUUGAUUACUACGAGGGUACCUCUACUGUCAAGAGAACUAGACUGGAUCACUUGGCUGCACAAUUCGAGAAUCUGAGAAUGUCUGAAGAUGAAUCAAUUACUGUUUUCAGUGCCAAGCUAAGUGCGAUUGCCCAUGAAGCUACUGUGCUGGGUAAGGAAUACAAAGACAAGAAGCUGGUGAAAAAGAUGAUUCGUUGUCUGCCAGAAAAAUUUGCUAACUACAAACCUCUACUGAAAGUUGGGAUGAACACUGAUGAUAUGAAAUUCUCACAGCUGGUGGGAAUACUUAAAGCAGAGGAUAUGGAUUCAGGCGGAGAGCCAACUAAGAAAGGUAAAGAUAUUGCCUUUGCUGCUGAAAAAGAGGAGGACAAGAUAAAAGUUCUUCAUGAUACCUUGAAUCAGAAACUGGAAGAUAGCAUGGGUUUGUUAGCACGAAAUUUUAAGAAGGCACUGAGGAAAAUUGAAAGGGGACAAGGUAGGAGCCAAGGAUAUCAACGAACAUCAGACUCGAAUGGUGAAUGGAAAAAUGACAAGGAAAGAUCUGGUUUUAGAAACACAAGAGGUGAUGGAAACCAGUCCACAAGGAAACGAGAACUUCAAUGUCAUGAGUGUGAAGGAUAUGGGCACAUCAGAUCAGAAUGUCCACUAGCUAAGCGCAAAGAACUCAAGUGUUCUGAGUGCAAGGGUUUCGGCCAUGUCAGGUGUGAGUGUCCAAGUAUGACAAAGAAAGGUGAAAGAUCAAUGCUUAGUUUCAGUGACACUGAAUCAGAAGGAGAUGAUGAUGAUGACAGGAUGAUGAACUUGGUGGCAUUUAUUGCUGAGGAAAGUGACACCAAAGCUGGUGAGGAAUCAGAAUCGGAUGAUGAGGAAAUCGAUCCUAAGGUUGAGUAUCGGAAGCUGUAUGACAACUGGGUCUCUAUGAGUAAUGACAAUCUCAAGCUACUCAAGGAUAAAGCCAUGCUGGAGGCUCAAGUCAACAUACUAGAGAUGGAGAGAUCAACUGAAACUUCAAAGUCUGUGUUGCUGAAGGAAAAAAGGCUGGCGUUUCCUGAAACUGUGGAGGAAAUAAAGAUUAGAGAGCUUGAGUCGAAAGUUGCACGAUUGGGAGAACAGUUGAGUCUGGAAGAAGAAAAGAAUAGGAAUCUGGAGUCAAAUCUCAGUGAAAAUCACAAGAGAAUUCGGAUGCUGAACACUGGUACAAAAGAACUGGAUAAGAUUCUUGGUGUAGGACAGUCACCAAGUGUCAAUUGGGGACUUGGUUAUUGUGGAAAAGAGAUGAGGAAGAUCCAGUCACCUGCAACUACAAGUACCAAUUCUACUGUUUUCGUGCGAUCUCAAGAAAUAACAGCAAGAAUACCUGCUAAAGAACAGUCCACUGAUAUCGAGAAGCGAACAGAGAGGUCAGAUCUUGGAAACAACAGGAUUUUCAAGCGCAGUUGCAAUUCGUGUGGGCAACAAGGCCAUAUUGCUAAGUUCUGUUACGAACGGUACUUUAACAUACGGAAAGCUUGGAAGAGUGGUGUGAGCUAUCCUGAUCCAAGAAGAUAUGGUUGUGUCUGGGUACCUAAAUCGGUGCUGUAUGCUAGAAAAAAUGAAGAGGAUUUCGACGAUGAGUUUGAUGUCAUCUGUGAUAUAACCCAAGUGAAAGAUGACAGAAGUGCUGGAUCAAAGAUUAAUGUCAGUAAUGAGAUCAUGAAUGAUACAAAUCUCAAGUGCUUUAUGUCGCGAUUUGAACACAAGGAGGAGACAGUUGACUAUCUAACAAGCUUGGUAGCUUACAUGUCUUCUGAACAGUCUGACUUGACGCCAUGUGGUGGAAAAGUUACGUUUGGUGAUGGUGCUAAAGGAAGUGUUCGUGGAGUAGGAGAUGUCAAAGAUCCAGAUCAACCAGACCUUGUGAAUGUUUUCUAUGUUGAAGGGCUGAAAGCUAAUCUAAUAAGCAUCAGUCAGCUAUGUGAUGAGGGCUUGAAAGUCUGGUUUUCAAAAACAGAGUGCCAGGCAAUAGAUGACACUGGGAAGGUGACUCUUGAAGGGAUCAGGUCUGGUAAUAAUUGUUACAUGUGGAGACCGUCUAACACCUGCUUAUCAGCUACAGACUCUCAACUUGACUUAUGGCACAAACGAAUGGGGCAUAUGAAUGUUAACGGAAUGCAGAGAAUUGUCAAAGCUAAUGUUGUAAGAGGAGUGCCGAAGCUGGAAGAAGCAUCAGGGUCAGUGUGCAAGGCUUGCUGUCAGGGAAAACAGAUAAAGGUACAACAUAAGCAAGUGAAAGAGAUCACCUCCAAACGAGUCUUGGAAUUGGUUCACUUGGACUUGAUGGGACCCAUACAAACAGAAAGCAUUGGUGGACGCAGAUACAUAUUUGUAUUGGUAGAUGAUUUCUCUCGAUUUACUUGGGUGAGAUUUUUGAGAGAAAAAAUCUGA